ACUGCAGUCUCCGUUGGAUCGGACUCUGGGUCCAACAGCCCGCUCGUCGCCCGACACAUCGGCCUCCACUCGGUCGACUCGGACAGACCUGCUCGCCGCUCGCCGCUCGCCGCUCGCCGCUCGCCGCUCGCCGCUUGCCGCCUUCUCACGGACAGCUCAAAAGACCGAGCAAACACGUACGGGCUCAACCUACCUUCCAGUUCCAUUUAUAAUAGUGAGGCCUUCCAGAGAUCAUUAAUCUGCGGGGAGCUGAAGUUCGUAUUGAGUGUCAAUCCGGUAAAGACGUGGACAUGAGUGUUCUCGUCGCUUUGUUGGUCGUAACAGUUUUUUCCAUCAUCCCUGCACUAGUAUCCAAGAUUUCAAAUAGAAGAGUGCAUACCUCUGACUCCUCACCGCCUCGUCCACCCGUGGUGAAGGGAACUGAUCUCCUAAAGAUCUUCCCUUCUCUGUGUAGAAAGGAUCCCGAAGCUAUACUUGCAUAUCUGUAUAACAAGUUUGGCAGUGUUUUCACAGUACGAUUUCUUUGGAAACGAAUAACCUUCUUGGUUGGACACGAGGUCUCUGUUCCUUUCUUUCAUGCUUUGGAUUCAGAGAUUUCCCAAGGAAAUUUCAGUGAGUUCACUGUGCCAAUGUUUGGCAAAGGACAUGGCUAUGCCGUAGAUCAGGCUACCCGAGCGGAGCAGUCUCGCUUCGUCAUGGAUUCUCUGCGCCCAGCGCAGCUGAGGAGCUAUGUUGAUCCCAUGCUCCGGGAAGUGGAGGAGUACUUUGCGAAGUGGGGAGACGAGGGUGUCGUGGAUCUGAAACAUGAGUUCACGCAGGUACUCAUGCUGAUUGCAAGUCGAUGCCUACUUGGAAGCGAGGUACGAGAUAAGAUAUUUGGUGAGUUCUACGCAUUGUUUGCGGAUAUUGAAGGAGGGGUGAACGUGGUCAGUUUCUUGUUCCCCUAUAUUCCGGUUCCAGUAAACAAUCGACGGGACAGAGCACAAGCCAAGCUUGCAGAGAUAUUAUGCGCAAUUGUGAGGUCAAGAAAGAGCUGCAACCGCGUCGAGGACGAUAUGCUCCAGAGACUGAUAGAUUCCCGCUAUAGAGACGGCCGUCCAACAACUGAAGGAGAGGUCUCCGGGAUGAUCAUCGGACUCUUAUUUGCUGGAAAGCACACCAGUGCAAUUGCAUCCUCCUGGACCGGAGCUUGCCUUUUGACCCACCCAAACUCCUUGCGUGCUGCACUAGAGGAGCAGAAGCAGGUAAUGAGGAAAUAUAAGGACGGUAAGGUAGACUGGAAUGCCUUGUCGGAUAUGGAGAUACUGCAUAGCUGCAUCAAAGAGGCGGGACGGAUGUAUCCAGCAGCGCCAUUGUUGCUUCGCAAGGCACUGCAGAGCUUCAUUGUGCAGACAAAAGAGGGAAAUGAAUAUGAUAUCCCCGCAGGUGACACCUUAGCACAUCCUGUAAUUCUAACAAGCAAGCUGUCACACGUUUACAAGGACCCCGAGAUGUUUGAUCCAGAUCGGUUUCGUUAUGGAAGAGAAGAGGAUAAAGUUGGGGGUAGACACUCUUACACAGUUUUUGGUGGUGGGAGGCAUGCUUGCGCCGGCGAGGCCUAUGGUUUCAUGCAAAUUAAAAUUAUAUGGAGCCAUUUGCUGAGAAAUUUUGAGCUUAAACUGACUUCUUCUUUUCCCAAGAAAGACUGGAGCAAGUUUGUAGUAGAGCCUAAAUGCAAAAUAAUGGUAAGUUAUAAGAGAUGCCGUAUGUAACUAGCUCAGAUGUGUCCGUCUAGCAGCAUCUAUUUGCCUGGAUGUAUCUUUCUUUGUGUAGUUGUCAUAUUAAGGCUUCGUUUUUUUUCCGCAAUGUAGUGGUUUACUUCCACUUCAACCACUCUUUAUUCAAAUGUUUGGCUUGGUCAGCCUGGUAUGUACUAUACUAAUAACUAGAUGAUACCCCGCGCGUUGCUGCGGGAUGUUUUUAGUGAUAUAUUGGAUAAGAAUUUAUA